AUGGAGUCAUCUCCUCCACGGGACGCAUCCACUGCUGCAGGCACGAAGCGUCCCGCGUCCCUGCUGCCGGCUUUCGAGCCAUUGAGCUCUUCUCCGUCUCUUCCUCGACCCCAGAAGCGUGUGGCACGCGAGGCCAAUGACUAUCCCACACCGUUGCCGACGUCUUCAACCCAUAUCUUGUCGUCCUCGCCGCCUCUAACACGUCCCAAACUGUCGCGUAAUGGCUACUCCACGACCUUGGAACGCGCACCUCUCUCGGCCGUUCCCACCCUGAUGCUUCCAGAAUCCGGGGAGCCUAUUUUGAUGGGAAGAUCGAGCGCGUCAUGCCAUCAUCAGCUUUCGGCGAACCGGUUGAUAUCCCGUGUCCACGUCAAAGCCACCUACAAGCCGGCGGGCAACCCUUUCGACCGUGACCGCGUCGAGAUCAUGUGCUUGGGAUGGAAUGGAAUAAAGCUCCAUUGCCAGGGAAAGACCUAUGACUUGGCCAAGGGCAAGACCUUUACGUCUGAUAUCAAGGAUGCCGAUAUCAUGAUUGAUGUGCAGGAUUCCCGUGUCUUGGUCCAAUGGCCCCGAAAUGAAAGGAAGGACUCUGCUUCUGCUGACUCGGACCACACAUGGGAUGAGAGUUCUCCUCGACGGAAUCUGCCAUCACGGCGUGAUAUUCACGAUAGUCCCUUCCGAGAGCGAUCCCGACUGGUCUCGCCCAUAUCGCCGUCUCCUGCAGUGCGCUCCAUCUUUCCCCCAUCCUCCCCGUUUACUCCAAGUCGGUCACAUAAUCCUGUGGUUGUUUAUGAAGAUGAACCGUCUCCUACACGUGUGCGUGCCGAAGACAGCCAACUCACGGCGUCAAGGACAACGCAGGUUGCUACCCAGCCUGCUGCAGACGGAGCUCACAGUUCACAGAGUAGCUUGAGCGAAUUGUCCCAGUCCUAUGAAGAAUUUUCAGAUCAUGAUGAGGAGAACGACCCGAUCGUUCACUCUUUCGGUCCUUUUGGCGACAAUAUUCUUCCACGCAUGGCCUCAUUUAAUGCCGGAGACUCUCCCGUUCGGACUUCUCGUUCUUCUCGUGCCCAACCCGAACCUCUCAAACCCACCAGGUCUCCCCCGCAACCCUCCGUAGCCAAGACUGAUGAGACUGAAAAGAAGGGCGAGGAAAAGAAAGAGGAUGUGAGGGAAGAUGUGAAAGAGGAAGCGAAAGAAGAAACGAAAGAGGUGACGAAAGAGGUGACGAAAGAGGUGACGAAAGAGGAAGCGAAAGCGGAUGAUCAGAGGGAAUCAGCCAUAGCGUCUAUUAAGAACCACGCAAUCAACCAGCUGGCGUUCUCCCGCCUUUCGUCAACGCCAUUUUCAACCAUUGUUAAUAAUCUUCCGCCCAGUCUGUGGAAGGAGGGCAGCCCCGAAACGCGGUUCUCACGACAAGAGAUCCUAUCCAUUCUUGAAUCCACUAAAUGUAUUGGCGAAGUCACCCGGGAGGGUAAAGACGCCGCCGGAAAGCCGCUGGAAAGCGAAUUCUACUAUAUUCCUGAUUUCGACGAGGACGAAAUGCGUCGCCAGGCCGUUGUCAAUGAUCUCCGGAAGCCGGGUCUGCGGAACUGCAGAAAACAACACAAGGUUGGCAUCUCCUGCUUUAUUGUUCGUUUCAUCUAUGCUAACGUGAGGUCGCAGCAAUACUACUGGCGCAAACCCAAAUAG